ACAAUCCGCAACACUCCUUUACGCACUGCGUGAGGACGGGUGUGGUUUUGCUGCGCUGCUGACAUGAACCUUGACUGUUUUAAGUAGGGGUUACGGUCUUUUUCGGGAGAAAUGGAGCAUGUUUUUAUUAUUGCACUCAUUUUUUUGUUCGGUCCCCCUUUCGGUUGGGCCAAAAUUGAAGAUCGAUAUUUUAAAGUUGGUACAAAGAUCGAGGUGCGGCCUCCUGGGGACAGCGCUACGAGCUUCACCCGUAUCCUGUGGAAGCACAACGAGAAUUUGGUGGCAGAAUGGGCCACGGGUGAGGAAGUGGAGUUCUAUUCCACUUACAAAGGCCGUACGACAUUAGACACGGCUACUGGUCUUUUGACGAUCAGCUCCACGACGGAAAAAGACGCCGGAACGUAUAAGGUGGAAAUCAACGACAAGCUGCUUGACGACUCAUACAAUGUCGUAAGUAUCCAGGACGUACCGGUGCCCCAUGUGUGGUCAAAGCCUGGCAUGGGGGACGACCAGCGGAUAUUGAGCUGCGAAGGGGACGUGUCUAAGGCCGGACCCGUGGAUUACUACUGGAAGAUCGGGAUAGACGAAAACGGGCCCUGGAUCAAGACCACAACCGACAAGUACACGCUGAUUAAAAACGAGACGACGACGCGCAUUCAAUUCAUUUACUGCAAAAUGGUCAACCCUAUCGGAGAGAAGGAAAGUUCUCCUGAGAAUAACCCUUACUAUGAUCCGGGGCCCCCUGUUGGAGCCAUAGUAGGGGGAUCAAUGGUGUUUCUGACUCUAAUUGUAAUCAUUGUGGUCGUGGGAGUUCUACAACGGGAGAAACUCAAGACUCUUCUUUGUCCCGGUGGAGAUCAGAGAGUUGAAAACGGUCCCGGCGCACCAGCUGAAAACGUUAAUCUCAAAACCACAGAAGACGGUGCAGGUUGAGGGUCCCAGGAUGUCAUGUUUUGUGGAUCAGGCUCCUCAUCCCAUCUUAAGUCUGUUACACGUGGUGUUUGAGGAGAGCGCUUCAUAGGAGAGAACAAAAUGACAUUGCUCAUGAAUAGAUGGAUUAUGUAUAGGCACUUACCAUUUGCACUGGAUUUUACUGAGCCUUACCCCACUGCCCAGCCAUGACGUUAAAAUUAGUUCUGUUAAAAUAAUGUAAUAAUAAUAACUGGCAUGCACAGAGGAUGUAUAUUACGGUGGUAUUAAAACAAACCACUACCCUGUUUGAAAGUAGAUUUUUAAACAUGACUAAAACUCUUAAAAGAUGUAGGCUAUGUGACCAUUGGUUCAAAGGACAUUGUUCGCCUACACGAUCAGCCACCUUUUAGAAUUUCACAUUAAAUGAUCCAUUGUAUGUGUGUGUAUAUUUGUUUGUAUUUGUGCGACAGGUAACUGCUCUCCUUGCACCUUUAGAGACAAGCCAUUGAGGAGGGGGAUCAGCCAGUGGUGGAGGAACAACUCUGUUUUGCUACUUAAGUAAAAGUACAGAUACCAGAGCAAAAAAAUAAAUACUUGAGCACUAAAAGUAUGUGAAUUUUGUUCAACAGAAACAAUAUUUUUUUCUUGCUGUUUUUUUUUUGUAUAUUUGUGUUUGCUCAAACUACAAACAUGCUAAAAAAAAAACCCUCAGCCGCUUCAGCAGGUCUCAAAUAAUCAUGAAAACUACUUUUUACUUUUCAGACGUGUUCAAGAAUGUAGUGGAGUAGAAAGUACAGAUACAUUGUCUCAAAUGCAAUGAAGUAAAAAGUAAAGAAUCCACUUUAAAAUGUACUUAUCUACACAUUUUAGGUAUCUGUAUUUUACUUACAGUACAGUAUUUUACUACUUUUUAAUUUGUAAUGUUACACCACUGUGAUCCGUGAGUGUAGGGCCUCUUUAAUACGCUACUUUUAAAUUGUGCAGUGUUUGAUGAAUGUUUAGUGCCAGAAAAAAGCGAGAGAUGUAAUUGGCUAAUAUAUGAAGAGCUAUAUUAAAUUCACAUUCUGACCACUUGAAUUGUUUAAGGUCAAAUAAAUCAAGCUGUGGCUCUGGGUGGGUUUAGGCAGUGGCUGAUAAGGUAACUCUUCAGCUUUAAUAUUUGCAGCUGUAAAUGGACUUUUUGUUUUAGGCUUUUUAAAUGAAUCAUGUACGUAACAGUGGGUUUUCAUGUUUGUCAAUCCUCUGAUGUAUUUUAACAUCCAUUCACAUCUUGAUGAUUUUUUACAUCAGAAACAGGCAUUUAAAAAUCAAAAUCCAAAAUAUUUAUUUAAAAUUUGAAAGUAUGAUGUGCCUUGGAAUAAAAGAAGUGAAUGCUGUUUUAA